AAAGGGAGGACACUGUACACUGUCUGACGAGCCUAUGCGUAGAUAAUUGUAAGACGUCAGUGUGUUUUAAUUAAAGUGUUUCUCAAUGUCUGCCUCUGCUCGUUUAAGACCCUACAUGACUGAUAAUGGACCGUUAAUCUUAGAUGGUGGACUAGCAACUGAACUGGAAGCGCAAGGAGUUAAUUUACAGGGAGAUCCAUUGUGGAGUGCCAGACUUUUGCACACCAAUCCCCAGGCUAUAAAAGAUGCCCAUUACAGGUUUCUCCUCAGUGGUGCUGAUGUUAUCACAACAGCCACAUACCAGGCAAGUAUUCCAGGUUUUAUCAAUCAUCUGGAUGUGACCUCUGAACAUGCCAGGGAGCUGCUGAUGUCUGGAGUUCAUCUGGCUAAGGAGACAGUGGAGACUUUUGUGUCUGACAACCAUUCCAAAGGGCGAUUACAACCACUGGUUGGUGGCUCUGUUGGACCAUAUGGAGCAUUUCUUCACAAUGGUUCAGAGUACACUGGGACGUAUGCAAAAGAAAUGAGUAUUGAGGAGCUUAAAGUUUGGCAUCGACCACACAUUGAAUGCUUAGUUGCAGCAGGAGCUGAUCUCAUUGCUUUUGAGACAAUCCCAAGUGUCAAGGAAGGUGAAGCGCUGGUGGGGCUGCUCAGAGAAUUCACAAACACUAAAGCCUGGCUCUCGUUUUCCUGUAAGGAUGGGCGGUGUAUAUCAGAUGGCAGUCUCUUCACUGAUGCGGUCCAGAUUGCCAGUAAAUCCAUGCAGCUGCUCGCGGUAGGAGUGAACUGCUGUUCUCCAGACGUGGUGGAGUCGCUGCUGGACUCUGCAAAGACACUGCUGAGCCCAGACAUGAGCUGGGUGGUCUACCCCAACAGUGGAGAGGAGUGGGACACUGAGAAGGGGUGGCGAACCUCAGAGAAAGCAGCAGCAUCGAUCACUGAGCUUAGUCAUACAUGGAAGAGGCAGGGCGCUGCUUUGAUAGGUGGCUGCUGUCGUGUUGGUCCUGCUCACAUCACAGAGUUACGUCAACAGUUAAAGGGAAGUCACACUCCAGCCUCUACAGCGUGACCAGAAGAGGAAUGAACAGCACUGAAGAAAAACAUGCCUGUUGCAGGAGUUUAUAAAAAUCUUAAUUUAUUGGAAAAUAAAGAAAUAAAUACACAACUACAUCAAAUCCACCUCGGUGCACAAUGGUAUCUGUGUUGGGUUAAAGACAAAUGGCACCACAAAGGUGCAAACAGAAGUGCAAGAACAAAU